CGGGAGGCGGUGGUUGCCCUGGCAUCGCAGCUGAGGGAGCCGCAACCCGUGAGGGGGACGGAGGGGAAGCGGCUGCGGCGGCGCCCCUGAAGCCCCGCUGCGAGGAGCGUGGGGAGCGGCCGGAGGAGAAGGAGGAAGAGGGCCGCCCGGGCCGCGUCUUGGCCGAGAUGAGGGACCGCCUGGCCGAGCUGGCAGCGCGCACCCAAAAUGAAGAUGGAGAGGCAUCUGUUGUUGUUGAAAAUGACCAUUAUAUGGAAGACUUCUUCCACCAGGUUGAGGAAGUUAGAAAGUACAUUACCAAAAUAGCCGACGUUGUGGAAGAAGUGAAGAAGAAGCACAGCGUUAUUCUUUCUGCCACACAUCCUAAAGACAAAACAAAGGAAGAACUUGAAGAACUGAACAAAGAGAUCAGGAAAACAGCAAAUAUUGUUCGUGCUAAAUUGAAAACAAUAGAACAAAAUUUAGGUCGACAUGAGAAUGUUAAUCGAACUUCAGCUGAUGUCAGAAUACGAAAAUCACAGCAUACAGUGUUGACCCGGAAGUUUGUGGAGGUCAUGACAACAUAUAAUACAACCCAGACAUGCUUUCGGGAACGUACCAAGGAUCAGAUACGGCGGCAGCUAGAAAUAACUGGAAAAAACACUUCUGAUGAAGAGCUGGAAGAAAUGCUGGAAAGUGGCAAUCUUUCUAUUUUCACUUCUGACAUUAUUUUAGACACCAAAAUUACUAGAGAAGCUCUUGAUGAAAUUGAGUCACGUCACAAAGAUAUUAUAAAACUGGAAUCCAGUAUACAUGAGCUGCACGAAAUGUUUAUGGACAUGGCAAUGCUUGUUGAGGUUCAGGGUGACAUGGUCAACAGCAUAGAGAAAAAUGUGAUGAAUGCAGUCGAUUAUGUAGAACAUGCAAAAGAGGAGACGAAAAAGGCAGUUAAAUACCAAAGCAAGGCUCGCAGGAAAAAGUGGAUAAUUCUCAUUAUAGUGCUGGUGGUGCUUGCUGUACUUGCUUUAAUAAUUGGCUUGUCGGUCGGGAUUAAGUGAUGCUUCGAUAACCUCAGCAUGCAACCUCACUCUGCUGUUGUGCAGUAAGUACUAAUCAACUAACUUGCCGUGCAUGCUAACCUUUGUUCAUCGGUGUUAAGUGCGGUGAUUUAACACACCCGCCAAGCUGGUGGGUUACACUCAACAGCUACUUCAACCCUGAAAUGUGUUUGGGAGCAGAAGUCAUGCGCAUAGUGAGAACUGAGACACCUAGUGGCUAACUGCUAAAUAUAUUUAGCAGCAUCACUUCCAGCAGAUUUUGGAUGGAGUGAUAACCACUGGGACUAGAUCUGUUUUGUAUUGGUGUAGAAACACACAAGCUUGGGGGCUUACACAGAUUUCAUCAACGUGUAGAGAAAGUGAUGGACUGGAGAGAGAAUUUGGAUCUCUGCGGCAAAUUGCUAACUGGGCCUCUCUUGGUCUGCAUGUAUUGUAUAUUUGAUAACCUGGAUGAAGCUGCUAUUUUCCUUUUGUAAGGAUCCUUGCUAGGCAGUAGUUGAGAAUUAUGUGGCAUGUCCUGUCUCAAAACCCAUCUCCUCCGCAGGAAGCUGCCUUACACCAGAUCAGGCUGUUCAGUACUAUCUACUUUAACACUUCCAGGGUCUCAAGCUUUUCAGGCAGCUGGUACCUGAUCCUUGUAACUUGAAAAGUCCGAGAUUGAACCUGGGGUCUUGUGAGUGCAAAACAUACCGUAAGCUACGGUAUGCCCAUUCCCCAUGAAGGCUUCCGUACAGCCUUUAACAUUUUAGCUCCUGGUUCUCACAACAACAAAGCAAAGACUGAGUUGUAUAUACUGCUGCAUAUUUGAUCCCUGUGAAUAUGUGCUGUGUCCCUUUUUCUUCUAUUGCCCCACCCCACCCCCACAUCUCUGUUACUUCUGUUGCUCUAUUAAGUACCUGAAACUCUGAUGUUACUACACAAAAGAAGAAACCACAAAGAAUGAUGCACUGUUCCAUUCUGUUAAGCAUGGUUCUGUGUAACUCCAGAUGUUUGUUGCUCCUACACCAACCAAUUGUGAUGUUGCUCCUACACCAACAUCACAAUGCUCUAGUCUCUGGUUAUUUUAUUACAUACAGUCAUACCUCGGUUUAAGUAUGCUUCGGUUUGAGUACUUUCAGUUUAAGUACUCCGCGGACCCGUCUGGAACGGAUUAAUCCACUUUCCAUUACUUUCAAUGGGAAAGUUUGCUUCAGGUUAAGUACGGACUUCCAGAACCAAUUACACUCAUACGGUACUUCGGGUUAAGUACGCUUCAGGUUGAGUACUCCGCGGACCGUCUGGAACAGAUUAAUCUACUUUCCAUUACUUUCAGUGGGAAAGUUUGCUUCAGGUUAAGUAUGCUUCGGGUUAAUAAUAAUAAUAAUAAUAAUAAUAAUAAAUUUAUUAUUUAUACCCCGCCCAUCUGGCUGGGUUUACACAGCCACUCUGGGCGUCUUACAACAAAAAUGAAAUAAAAUAAUUAAACAUUAAAAGCCUCCCUAAACAGGGCUGCCUUCAGAUGUCUUCUAAAAAUCUGGUAGCUGUUUUUCUAUUUGACAUCUGAUGGGAGGGUGUUCCACAGGGCAGGCGCCACCACCGAGAAGGCCCUCUGCCUGGUUCCCUGCAACUUGGCUUCUCGCAACGAGGGAACCAUCAGAAGGCCCUCGGUACUGGACCUCAGUGUCCGGGCAGAACGAUGGGGGUGGAGACGCUCCUUCAGGUAUACUGGACCGAGGCCAUUUAGGGCAUUAAAGGUCAGCACCAACACUUUGAACUGCGCUCGGAAACUUACUGGGAGCCAAUGUAGAUCUUUCAAGACCGGUGUUAUGUGGUCUCGGCGACCACUCCCAGUCACCAGUCUAGCUGCCGCAUUCUGGAUUAGUUGUAGUUUCCGGGUCACCUUCAAAGGUAGCCCCACAUAGAACACAUUGCCGUAGUCCAAGCGGGAGAUAACCAGAGCAUGCACCACUCUGGCGAGACAGUCUGCGGGCAGGUAGGAUCUCAGCCUGCGUACCAGAUGGAGCUGAUAGACAGCUGCCCUGGACACAGAAUUGACCUGCGCCUCCAUGGACAGCUGUGAGUCCAGAAUGACUCCCAGGCUGUGCACCUGGUCCUUCAGGGGCACCGUUGCCCCAUUCAGAACCAGGGAGUCCUCCACACCUGCCCGCCUCCUGUCCCCCACAAACAGUACUUCUGUCUUGUCAGGAUUCAGCCUCAAUCUGUUAGCCACCAUCCAUCCUCCAACCGCCUCCAGGCACUCCAGGUUAAGUACAGACUUCUGGAACCAAUUGUGUACUUAAACCGAAGUACCACUGUAUUUGAAUUCAGAAAGUUCCUUGACUUUAGUUUUUACUAUUUGUGAUUACCACUGAAAUUGCUUGCUGUCAGGUAAUUAUGCUUAAGCUUGGGGUGCAUAUUGUAAAUUCUUGCAUCUUUGCAUUUAUUAAAAUCUGGGGGUAAGCUAAUCACAGUUUUCCUCUUUUUGCAGAAAUUGGUGUUCAUAAUAAUUUGUGUAGCUGUAAUCCUUCUAAUCCUUGGAAUUGUCCUAGCAGCGACUUUCUCAUAACGAACAGCACAUUCCAAGAGUUUGGGAUCUUCUGAAUCACACAUGCAGGGAAACCAGCGUGGCCUAGUUCUUGUAAAGAUGCCUUUUCUUGCCGUAAUGAAAGUUUCUUUUGCAGGAUUGGCCAUUUACUAGCUAUUUAAGUAGUCAACAGCACUUACGUUUUACUCCUGCAAAUCGGAACCAAAUUGUAACCACGGUUGUGUUUUUUCUUCUUCCAAACAAGAAAAAGCUGAAAAGCCUAUCAUAUGGACAUGUAACCUUAAAAGCUGCUAAACCUUUUCUGCACUAACUAAUUUGAAGAUGAAUUCCAACUGUAGGUACAUCAGUGUUACCAGUAUAGAAUUAGGGAAUUUGUUUUUUGUUUUUGUUUUGCCAGAAGCAUUCAACUUUUGAAAUUUGGCUUCGUUUUUCCACUAUUAAUUCAUAUUCUUAGCAUAACAAUCUUGUUGAAAAUUAAAGCAGCCACAUUCUCUGAAUAACUGACUUCAAUCCUAAACACAUUUACUUUGGAAGCAGGUCACACUGAAGCAACUGGAUUUACUUUGAAGUAAAUGUGAUUGAGAUUGAGAUGUGAAGUGGCUUUCACUUGUCUCGUUUUAAUGUUGAGAAACAGUCUUAAACUAUAGGUCUUAAGAUUUGUGUAUGAUAUUUUUAAAACAAGUAAUUUUUUUAUAUUCAUUUUUAUUAGUGUCAAGGCAAACAAGUAGAAGUUGAAGUGCCUCUUUAACAGUGACCCUAAGUUUUUAAAACUUAAACUCUAUUAUGAAUAACUGUAAUCUGUGCUAUAAAACUAUUUCUUUUUAAAGAAGAUCCACUCCACUGUGAAGUUUGCUAAGUGCUCUCUCUCUCUGUGUUCUUUCAGAGUUUUGUUAUAAAAUUCUUAAAGGACACAAGAUUUCUUGAGAUGAAUGAGAGGUGCUCACAUAUUCUGCAGUCCAUGCUGGGGAGCCUUCCAUUCACUUCAGUGGAGGGAAGGGAAGCUUUGCAUGCUUCUUCAGCCACCUCCGCUGAAGUGAAUGGGGAAGCCUUCAUGGGUGGCACUGCUCUAAACACGCACCAGGGCCCAUUUGGCUAAGGAUCUUUGGGUCCAAGUUCUCUUCUCUUGUGCAAGUCCUGUUAAUUUUAGCAAGACCUGCACCUAAGGCUGAUUUAGUGGGCUGUGUUCAAAAUGCCUAGUAAGAAAAUGGGCUGCAAUAAAAAAAAAGUGAUGAUGGAGCAAAGAUACAAGUGUCUUGAAGCUUGACUUAAUUUUGAAAUACUUCCAAUCUGCAGUGUGUGCAAAGGAACUCGCAUGCGCACAGAUCAGAUCUGCGUUAUCAAUAUUGGGUAUAGUGCAGUGAGCCACUUCUUCGCCAAGGAGCAAAAAUCAAGGUAUUGCUUCUUUACCGUUUCUGUUUGGUCCUUGAAGAGCGGGUGGUUGAUAAAGAGAUACUGGCAUGUUUAUACUUUUUUUUUUAAAAAAAAAAAACUUAAAUAAAACACUGAUUUUGUUGGGGAAUUGGCUUCUCAGUUUCCAAAA